AUGGAUUUAACUAAUAAUAAAACUAAAAUAAUUAAUAAAAAAUUAAAAAAACCUCUUCAAUUUCGUGAUAAAAUCAAACUUCGUCACCUGGAAUUGGAACCUUUAUGUUGUUUAGAUUCAUGUCUUAUCAGAGGUGGCUGUUUAACAAUUGCCGUUUUUGAAGUUAUUUAUAUAUCAAUAACAACAAUACUGGGAAUUUAUAUUGCCUAUAAAUAUCAAAUUUUUUAUACAAAAUUUUCAAAUACCUCAUCAAUUACCAUCUAUCUAUCAAUAAUAUUUUUAUACAAUUUUAUAUCAUGUUUUUUUGUAGCAUUGAUGUUACAUGGGUUAUUGAGUUUUCAAAAAAUAUAUUUAUGGCUUCAUUGGAAUUUUGAUAAAAUAUCAUUAAUUUUUCAUAUUUUUAUGUUUAGUACAACAUUUUUUUUGUUAUCAACAAAAUUUUUGAAAGGAGAAUUUUCAAUAGAAAAUAUUACAUUAUUAUGUUGUUUUGGAUUUCAAAUUCCAUUACAAUUUUGGAGUUUAAGUGUUGUAAAAAGGUGUUCCGAUUAUUUUAAUCUUCUAAAAGUAUUAAUAAAACUAGCAGAACAGUAG